UCUCCAGAAGUCAGCCAACCGAACAGCCAGGACGCCAGAGGCCGGGAAAGCCAGACUGACUGAGCCUUUACGGGUCUGCGGAUCAGAGCGUUUUCUGCGUCCCGCCAUGAUUCUCAGGAAGAAACUGAGCUAUUUGUGGACCUUAGGUCUCUGUCUGGUAGCCAGUAAAUCGCCACCCAAAGUUCCCUCCAUCAAGGAUGAUACGUUUAUAGAGGAGUGCCUCAGAUUUCACAAUGAAGCGCGGAGCAACGUCUCGCCCCCCGCAGCCGACAUGAAAUACAUGAGUUGGGAUGAAGCUUUAGCUAAGACUGCUGAAGCAUGGGCAAAAAAGUGCAAAUUCAGCCACAAUUCCUGUUCAUCAAAAUUAUACGAAUGCCAUCCAACUUUUCAAUAUGCUGGAGAAAAUCUCUGGUUAGGUCCAUUAACCAUAUCUGCAGCAAAAUUUGCUAUUGAUAUGUGGUAUGAUGAAAGAAAAUUUUAUGAUUUUAAUACAAAAUCAUGUUCCAAAAUUUGUGGCCAUUAUACACAGGUAGUUUGGGCUGAUUCCUAUAAAGUUGGUUGUGCAGUUGCAAUUUGUCCAAAUUUUGGGAGCCCUGACAGUGCCCUAUUCGUAUGUAACUAUGCACCCGCAGGAAACUAUCCAAAUAUGUCCCCUUACAGGACUGGAACACCGUGCUCUAUGUGUGAAGGAGAUACUUGCGAAAACAAACUCUGCCGUAAUAAAGAACGUGAUAAAUCUCAAAGAUAUCCAAAUUGGAACCCAUCAGGGACACAUCAGCUGAUAGCAUGUAGUCCAUUGUACGCAAUUUCUGUUCUUCUGACAAUAAUUUAAUUGUCUUUGAUGUACAAGAGAAACUCUCCAACAUGACAAUAAAGAAAUAGAUUAUGGUUAAAUGU